AGGGGGGAGUGGCUCUGAUGCACGGAUGCUCUGAGCCUGUCACUGCCGUCAAGUGCUGCAGACUGCAUUAAAGGGAGCAGAGAAAAGAUAAUGUACACACCCAGCACACUACGAAGGAAAGAUACCACGGGCGUCCUGUAGGACCCAUGUAAUACGUUAGGCGAAAACGGAGUAUUUUUUUCUCUCUGUGUUGCAGGAUUGCAAAGAAUAUGAAAUAUGAAGCUUUUGCCGCGUCAGAUUUCCUUGGUAUCUCUGUGUGGACUAGUCUAUCUCGUUCAAUACAGCAGCGCCAAUAGAAACCCCGGUACGGGCGAAGGUGACGACGCCUCGAGGAGGAAGGCGGCGGCGGCGGCGGCGGCGGCGGCAGCGGCGGAGAGCUGGGGGGAGCACGGCUUGAAACCGCCUCAGACAUCCAGCCCGCUUCGGCUCAUUGCCAGCGGCCGGGUGGGCCUUGACACCCGAGUGAGAAGGACACGGGAACGCGCAGCCACCCACCCGUCCCCACACAUCGCUCAAGCGACCUUCCAGAUUGAUGCUUUCAACUCGUCCUUCAUUCUUGACGUUGAACUAAAUCAUGAUCUGCUCUCAUCCCAGUAUGUGGAACGAACUGUUGAUGCAUGGGGAAAAACUGUUCAUUCAGUGGGAGGAGAACACUGUUAUUAUCAUGGCAAAAUUCAAGGAAAUGAAGAAUCCUCUGUGGCCCUUUCAACAUGCUAUGGACUACAUGGCUUCUUUUAUGAUGGAAACUAUACGUACUUGAUUGAACCAACACCAACGAAAGAAGGAAACUUAGUGAAUGAACCAGAAUCUCAUUUAGUUUAUCAGAUCGCAGGCCAUAAUAUUCCUUUACACCUUCAACUUCCUGAAAAGGUUGGAAGAAAUGAUUUUGGUCUGGCUGGGAAUUCUGGUUUUUCGAGGAAGAAAAGACAGAUGCAACGAUUUCGGCGGGAUGUUCAUGAUGAGACGAAGUACAUUGAGCUGAUGGUUGUUAAUGAUCAUUUUAUGUUUAAAAAACACCGUUUAUCUGUGGGACUCACAAACAACUUUGCAAAAUCAAUUGUGAACUUAGCAGAUAUGAUAUUCAAGAAACAGCUUAACACCAGAAUUGUACUGGUUGCUAUGGAAACUUGGUCAAUCGACAACAAGUUCUCCAUAGACGUAAACCCUCAAGUAACUCUGCGAGAGUUCAUGAAGUACAGGAGAGAUUUGGUGAAAGUAAAGAGUGAUGCCAUUCAUCUAUUUUCGGGAACAACAUUUGAAAGUAGCCAGAGUGGAGCAGCAUAUGUUGGUGGAAUUUGUACACAGUCGAAAGGUGGAGGAGUGAACGAGUUUGGAAAUGCAGAUGAAAUGGCUGUCACCCUCGCUCAGAACUUAGCCCUGAACCUUGGCAUGUUUUCAGAUCAGAAGCGAAUGAGUGAUGACUGCAGAUGUGAAGAUAAGUGGGCUGGAUGCAUAAUGGAAGAUUCUGGGUAUUAUCGUCCACAUACAUUUUCUAAAUGCAACAUAGAAGAGUAUGAGGAAUUUUUGAACAAUGGUGGUGGCAAUUGUCUCUUCAAUAAACCUACCCGACUUCUUGAUGCUCCAGAAUGUGGUAAUGGAUUUGUGGAGGGAGGAGAAGAAUGUGAUUGUGGCUCACCAACUGCUUGUCGGCAGGAAGGGGGAAACUGUUGCGUGAAGUGCACUCUUUUGGAUGAUGCCAAAUGCAGCAAUGGACUUUGUUGUAAAGAGUGUCAGUUUGAAAGAAAUGGAUUUGUGUGUCGUGAAGCAGUAAAUGAUUGUGACAUUCCUGAGACUUGCACUGGAAAUUCUAGUGAGUGUCCAUCAAACGUACAUAAACUAGAUGGCUACAUCUGUGACAAGGAUCAGGGACGUUGUUAUGGAGGGAGAUGUAAAACUAGGGAGCGACAGUGCAAAUAUGUCUGGGGAGAAAAAGCAAGAGCUGCAGACCAAUUAUGUUACGAGAAACUUAACAUUGAAGGGACUGAAAAAGGAAACUGUGGCAAAGACAAAGGCACUUGGAUUCAAUGCAAUAAACAAGAUGUGCUUUGCGGUUACCUGCUGUGUGCUGAUACGUCCAAUGUGCCAAGAGUAGGGGAACUGUGGGGUGAUGUGACAAUGACUUCACUCUUACAGAAACACAGGCACAUCAACUGCAGUGGUGCCCAUGUCAUAUUAGAUGAAGAAACGGAUCUGGGAUAUGUGCAAGAUGGAACUCCAUGUGGACAGGACAGAAUGUGUGUCACUCACAAGUGUCUGCCUGUGAAAGCAUUUAAUUUUAGUACCUGCCCCGGCACUAGUGGUGCAAAAAGAUGUUCAGGACAUGGGAUUUGCAGUAAUGAAGUGACCUGUGCCUGCGACCCAUCCUGGAAUGGCAGUGACUGCAGUAUAUUUACACCAAAGGCAAUGACAGGCGCAGCAGGACCAGGAUCAGCACAAACCAAUAUUAUUAUAGGUACCAUUGCAGGGACCAUCCUGAUGGCAGCUCUUGUCUUGGCAGUUGCAGCAUGGUUUUACAAAAAUUAUCAAGAAAGAAGGCAAAUGCCACAAGGAGACUAUGUCAAAAAGCCCGGAGAAGCUGACUCUUUCUAUAGUGACAUACCUCCUGGAGUCAGCUCAAACUAUUCAGCAUCUAGUUCUAAGAAAAGAUCAAAUGGACUCUCCCAUUCUUGGAGUGAACGGAUUCCAGAUGAAAAACAUAUCCCAGAUGUCUGUGAAAAUGGCAGACCACGCAGUAACUCCUGGCAAGGAAAUUUGGGAGGCAACCAAAAGAAGAAUAAAGGAAGAAAAUUUAGGCCACGUUCCAAUUCUACAGAGUAUUUAAAUCCAUGGUACAAAAGAGAAUAUAAUGUAGCUAAGUGGGUAGAAGAUGUGAAUAAAAACACUGAAGGACCGUACAUUAGGACAUUGUCUCCAUCUAAGUCACAUUCCUCGUCCAAUGGAUCAAUUGCUUCUAGUAGGAAGUGCCCAUACCCAAUGCCACCUCUUCCUGACGAGGAAGGAAAGGCAAGUCGACAAAGUGCACGGCUUUGGGAGACCUCCAUUUAGGUUGCCAUUCAACGAAUCUGAGCUACUAAAGAUUUCCUUCCAAUCGUUGUCUUUUAAUUAAUGAAUCGUUGGAGCAUUUGUGAGGCUUUUGGAAGAAGGGGUCUAAAGUAAAUACCCCCACUGCUAACUUCAAAGAGCAGGGCUAUUAAAUAUAAAUAAUAAAUAGACUUUGACUCAUCAUUAAUAAAAUGUGGUAUGAAGAGUCAGCAUUCUUGUAUAAAAUACUGCACUGAAACAAUGAUCUGCAAACAGGAACUCAUCCUGAAAAAAGACAGUAAAAGCCCGGUCAUAUAUUUGCAUAUGUUAUGGUGCUUAGUCCUGUGGAAGAAGAUGGAGAGCCCUUUUUCAAUAAGGCGGUUGAAAGCUUCUGAGCACACAUUCACAGCAAUGAAUAAUAUUGCACGCACGGAUCCCUUUUGAUGCCAGCUCUAGUAGUCAGUAGAAAAUAACAUGUACUUGCAUCGACAUAGAAUGAGUUCUUUUUUUCAAAAAAAUGCUUUGGAUUGAGUUGUACAACAGGAAAAAUAAUUGCAUUUGUAAGAGCUACUGCGUGUAAGAAAUGGAACAUGCAACUGAAGAUCAAAAUCAUAUACUUGCAGAAACGCUUGCUCAGAAAGUGUUUUGUGAAUAUGUACAGUUAUUUUCAUGUCACAGGACAAAUCCGGCAAUAGUUGCUUGCCCUAUAAAUCAAAACAUGGUCGUGUUGAGCUUAAUAUUAACCUUACAGUGAUAGAUUUGGUGUUUUCUUAAAUAUGUUUGAAACCCCUUUAAACCAGUGAUGGAGAAGAACGUUGAUAACCUAAUGGAAUGAAAACAUAAAAUGAUGGAAAUACUAUGCAGCAACGAUGGAGAAUCAGAGCUAAAAUUUCAGGCUGAUGAGAACAUUGUUCUUUAAGUUGAGGGGUGGACAGAACAAGAGUCUCCAGCCUAUUGCACAAAUCGUUUUGUUCUUUCCACCACUCCUCGUUCUCUGCAACUUACAAUGCUUUGCUAUUUUUUUUCCUUUUUCUCAAUUCUGAUGAAGCGUCAUGAGUCUGGCACAAUAACCCUGUUUCUCUCUCCACCGAUGCAAGUUGAUAAGCUGAGUUUAUGCAGCAUUCUGAACUGAUGAACUUAUUUAUUUUCGAUUUUCAGCAUCUGCUGUUUAAGUAUGUGCUCGGGGUGUAAACAUAGUUUUGUAUUUAAAUAUCAAAACUUCUAUGUUGCAGUGAAAUAUGAUCAUUAUUGUACCAUGAACUAAAUAUGCCACCUCCACCAACAUGCAAAAACAUCAGUUUGUCUCAAAUUAAUGAGGAAUUUUAAUAUUUUUAUAAAUGGAAAAAAAAAUGCAUCAGACACGUCAACAGUUUAUUGGUGUAACAGCUGGACAAAAUUGCUUCACCUGUGCAGUUCAGCUCUUUGAUUCAUGUUUGGAUCAAGGCUGUGAUGACAUUGGUCCUGAUGAAACCCAAAUUCGACAGAGAUGAGUAGGUAACGCCGCUAAACAGCGCUAUCAAUUAUACCUUCCCUUUGCUGAUGAUUUGAGUAGAUUGAUUGGGUUGUAUUUGGAUCUGGGUUUUUUUCUGGAUAGGUCAUACCUGGUUUAUGUUCUACAUUGUUGCGAGGUGCCUAAUUUGGAAUUGUACUGCUGCAAUUUGGCUGUAGGAAUAUGUGGUUCUGGAGUGCAAGUCUUCAGAACUGCAGCUGAGGUAUUUACUUAUCCCUUAGCCCUUGCUGUUUCUAUUUCUGUCAGAUGUUUAUUACCUGCAAUGAAACUAAUUGAUUCUGCGAGGGAGGAAGCUAAGAUGGACCAUCCACUCAGUAUUUCUGGCUAAACAUAAUGUUAAUACUUUAACCUUGAGCAUUCAGUUGCUAGAUGCACCAUUAUUGUUUAGAAUGGGAAUGUUCCUGGAACCUCCUUUUAGAUGUUGUCCACCACAAUUUACUGGAUGUUGCAGGACUGUGGAGCUUUAAUCUGAAUCAUUCUGAAAUUUCUGUUGCAUGCUGUUUUCACCAUUAAGCAUGUAUGCAAUUCUAUAUUGCAGCCUGGCAUUGCAUUUUUGCGUAUACCUGAUGCUGCACCUAGCAUGCCCUUCUACCUUCUGGUUUGAUAAUAUUGGUGACGGUUUUAUUAGGAACUACCACAAUGACUCAUCAUAAUUGCAUCUGGUUUCUGAUCAUUUAGAAAAGUUUUUCUUUUGCAAGGUUACCUUUAAGAAUAACAAAGGAUUUGGAUAGGUUCACUGUCUUUUAAACUUGGGGACCCAGCUUUUUCAAUACUUGUCCUUCUGAAAUUUAACAUCAUGUAAAACUCUGAUGGUAAAUCAAUGCUACACUGUCCCUUUCAGCUGUAAGUUAUGUCUUUGCUCAUCUAUGCCAGCCGACAGUACUCCAAAUUAAAAUUUUCCAUUUGGCUCAAAUUAAUUUAACUUUUAAACUUCACCUAUUCCACCUCCACAUGAUGCCUGAUCAAUGUCCUUGAUCCUCUAAAUUGAUUUUUUUUGUCCAUUAUUCCUUCAUUCACUAACCAUUAACUUGGUCAUCAGAUGUACAAACUAAAGUACAUGUCCUUCCCUAAAUUAUGCUGACUCUUUUCCGUAAAUAACAUUUUUGAAGCCUAAUGCGUUUUUGAACCCAUAGUUGUUGAUUUUACUUUCAUUAAUUAUUCUUGUGAUUCUGAAGCAAUUUGCCCAGUGUUCUUUUUUACAUAUUGCAACUACAUUUUCAUACAAUCUCCAACAUACUGUAUAACAUCACUUGUCGUGUAAAGAUGAGGUGGGUGCAAACUAGUAACUUUUAUUUUUCAAUCUUUACUCCUAUUGCAUGAAAUGUAAUGAGAAAAGUGGAAUGCCAAAUAGAAUUUCAGGUGCAACAUUAUUACAUAGAAAACCACACCAUAAUUAUAGUGGUGUCAAUAUUUUUUGUACCAGUAUUUGAAUCCAAUUGGCUUUGUGUAAUUCAAAUUAUUAUAAUCUGAAUCUGUUUCUUAAAUAACACAAAGAAAUUAAAAUAACCCAACUAAAUGCGAUUCUACAGUAAUGGUAAUUUAUUUCCUGCAGCGUACAAUGAAAUUAUUGAAAUUAACAUUCCCCCAACUUUUUCAUAGCUUAAGAGGAAGAAAUAUGCCCUUGUUGCUUCACUAAAGAUUUGAG